AUGGACACAACGCCUGACCAACCACCUGUGGAAACUUGGGAUGACAUUCCGGAAGAUGUAAGGAAUGCUACUGCUGAGGAAAUUCAGACGCGGACACGGUUGAUAGAUAACGAUCUUCGAGUGAUGAGAUCCGAGAUGCAACGGUUACAACACGAGCAAGCAGCCAUGCAGGAGAAGAUAAGAGAUAGUGGCGAGAAAGUAAAACAAAAUAAAGUGUUGCCUUAUCUCGUGGGCAAUGUUGUGGAGAUCCUUGAUGUCGACCCGGACGUUGAAGAGGAUGGCGCAAACCAAGACCUUGACUCUAUGCGCAAGGGCAAGUGUGCUGUCAUCAAGACUUCGACGCGACAAACCAUUUUCCUUCCCCUCAUCGGAUUAGUCCCAUCUUCCGUACUCAAGCCAGGCGACCUCAUUGGCGUGAACAAAGAUUCCUACCUUGUCCUCGAUACCCUCCCAGCUGAAUACGACUCGCGCGUCAAAGCCAUGGAAGUCGACGAACGUCCGACUGAGAAAUAUACCGAUAUAGGCGGUCUCGAUAAACAAAUUGAAGAGCUCGUCGAAGCCAUUGUCCUUCCCAUGCAACAAGGUGAUAAGUUCAAGACACUUGGUAUCAAACCCCCGAAAGGUGUUCUAAUGUACGGGCCACCUGGUACUGGGAAGACUUUGCUUGCUAGAGCCUGUGCGGCACAGACAGACGCUUGCUAUCUCAAGCUAGCAGGGCCGAGUCUUGUUCAGAUGUUCAUUGGUGAUGGUGCCAAGCUUGUGCGGGAUGCAUUCGAGCUGGCAAAGGAGAAAGCGCCCGCUAUCAUUUUUAUUGACGAGUUGGACGCUAUCGGAACGAAGCGAUUUGAUUCGGAUAAGAGUGGCGAUCGUGAAGUUCAGCGGACCAUGUUAGAGCUCCUCAACCAACUAGAUGGCUUUGGAAGCGACGAAAGAAUCAAGGUCAUCGCUGCCACCAAUCGAAUCGACAUUUUGGAUCCUGCUCUCCUUCGAUCAGGUCGUCUUGACCGCAAAAUCGAAUUCCCUCUACCGAAUGAAACCGCCCGUGCACGUAUUAUGGAAAUUCACUCACGGAAGAUGAACGUUGGACUUGGCGUCAACUUCGAGGAAUUGGCCCGCAGCACAGACGAGUUUAACGGUGCCCAACUGAAAGCUGUCUGUGUCGAGGCGGGUAUGAUUGCGCUUCGAGAAGGUGCCACUCAGUUAAACCAUGAGCAUUUCCACAGCGGAAUAGCAGAAGUUCAAAGCAAGAAGAAAAACGACCUCAUGUAUUUUGCCUAG